CACCCGCGGUGCACAUUAUCAACCGGCAGUUAGACAGACUUCCACCUCUCCUACCUUCUUCCACAUCUGGCGGCGCCGGCGACGGCGAUCUGUAGACUAGACUCCGGCGGCCGACUUCUCUAUUAUUAUUACAAUGACCGUUACUCUCUCUCUAUCUCCCUCUCUUCCUCACCUCAGUUCCCAUGCGAAUUUCAAGGGUUUCCCAUCUCCACCCAUGGCUUUUCUUCGCCACCUAAAUCGCAAUCGUCGCCGCUUCUUUUCAAUCGCCGCUUCCGUCCGCGAGGACACCACCGUCUGGACACCCGCUUCCCUCACCGGCGUCUACCCCGCUGCCGAUUCUCUGUUCCAUAUCACCAUUAACGUGUCCGAUUCGCCUGAUAUAGUCUCAUCUCACACUAGGGCUGGUCAAUACCUCCAGCUCCGUCUCCCUGACAUCGCCAAACCAUCAUUUCUCGCUAUUGCCUCGCCACCGAAGCUGGCGGAGGCGAAAGGGGAGUUUGAAUUUCUGGUGAAGAGUAUUCCUGGAUCGAUAGCCGAGCUUCUUUGCGGACUUAGGAAAGGGGAUGUAGUUGAAUUGACUCAAGCUAUGGGUAGAGGAUUUGAUAUUGAUCAGAUAACGCCUGCUGAGGAGUACCCAACUGUUCUUAUUUUUGCCACUGGUUCUGGAAUCAGCCCAAUUAGAUCACUGGUUGAGUCAGGGUUAGGUGCAAAUAAAAGGGCUGAUGUGAGGUUAUUCUAUGGAGCUAGAAACCUUGAGAGGAUGGCUUAUCAGGAGAAAUUCAAAGAAUGGGAAUCUUCUGGUGUUAAAAUUGUACCAGUAUUGUCACAACCUGAUGAUAAUUGGUCAGGUGAACGUGGAUAUGUACAGGCUGCUUUUGCUAGAGCUAAAAACAUCUCUACUCCUCACGGCACUGGAGCAGUUCUCUGUGGUCACAAACAGAUGGCCGAGGAAGUAACUUCUCUCCUUGUAGCUGAUGGGGUUUCAACCGAGAAGAUAUUAAAGAAUUUUUGACAAAUAUCUGGCGGCCAUGAUCAAGAUCAUCAUUAAUUGUGUUGUUGUUCAUUAGCAUCAAGACGAAGAUAGAAUUCCCCCUUCAUUCAUUCAUUCUCUCAUAUAAAUUAUGACAAUUGAUAGUCCCCAAAGCAAAGUUUUGUAUUUCUCCCAAAAUGUUAAUUGUAUCUUAAAAAAUUAUUUAAAGUUUCUAAAUACAGUCUUUGCAAUAAAUCAACCUGAGAUUCAUAUCA